CUAGUACAGUGAACCAGACCUCUCCUGCAGGUGUCUUCUUCACAGAUAAAAUCUGGCAGCAAAAAGCCCUUUUGGGUGAAGAUUUGGGGAAAACAGACAUUAGUCUCAUACCAUGGGGGACUGGAAUUUAUUGGGUGGCAUCCUAGAGGAAGUUCACUCCCACUCAACUAUAGUGGGGAAAAUCUGGCUGACCAUUCUCUUCAUUUUCCGAAUGCUGGUACUUGGUGUGGCUGCUGAAGAUGUCUGGGAUGAUGAACAGUCCGCAUUUGCCUGCAAUACCCAGCAGCCCGGUUGCAACAAUAUCUGUUAUGAUGAUGCUUUCCCUAUCUCUUUGAUCAGGUUCUGGGUUUUACAGAUCAUUUUUGUGUCUUCUCCUUCUCUGGUGUAUAUGGGCCAUGCACUUUAUAGACUCAGGGCCUUUGAGAAGGAGAGGCAGAAGAAAAAGUCACACCUCCGAGUCCAGAUGGAGAAUCCAGAGCUUGAACUGGAGGAGCAGCAAAGGAUAGAUAGAGAGCUGAAGAGGUUAGAGGAGCAGAAGAGAAUCCAUAAAGUCCCUCUGAAAGGAUGUCUGCUGCGUACUUAUGUCUUACACAUUUUGACAAGAUCUGUGAUGGAAGUAGCGUUCAUGAUAGGCCAGUAUAUUCUCUAUGGGUUUCAAAUGCAUCCUCUUUACAGAUGCACUCAACCCCCUUGCCCUAAUGCAGUGGAUUGCUUUGUAUCCAGGCCCACAGAGAAGACAAUUUUCAUGCUCUUUAUGCACAGCAUUGCAGCCAUAUCUUUGGUCCUCAACGUACUGGAAAUAUUUCAUCUUGGAAUCAGGAAAAUUAUGAGGGCACUUUAUGAGAAAUCCAGCAAUGAGGGCAUUGAGAAUGAAAGUGGCACCCCAUUCCAUUUGAAAAAAUAUUCAGUGGCCCAGGAGUGUAUAAUUUGCUCUCCCUUGCCUAAAAGAAUCUCUCUACUUCAAGCCAACAAUCAACAGCAAGUCAUUCGAGUCAAUGUGCCGAAGUCUAAAACCAUGUGGCAAAGCUCACAGCCCAUGCAACUUGAAGUAGACCCUUGCUGUGUUAAAAAAGAGUGGGUUGAGAAGGAUCAGCACAGUGGACAGCUCCAUGUCCACAGCCCUUGUCCCUGGGAUGAUGGCGCUCAAAUUCAGCACCCUAGACAGCAAACACGCCUUUCCUGUGUCCGGCAAAACGGCAACUCCCACUCCUGGCUAGGUACAGAGAUAGCUCCUAGACACUGCCCAUCCUAUGCAACAGGGGCCUGGGACCAGUCCCAGGAUCGAAGAACCUCAGGAGAACCUCUCACAGAUUUGUACAGUUACUGUAGAGACAGCAAUAGCAGUGUGAGAAAGAGUGGGGUCUGGACAGACAGAUCUCACCCGGGCAGUCGCAAGGCCAGCUUUCUGUCCAGAUUGCUGUCUGAAAAGGGACAGUUGCACAGUGACUCAGGAAGCUCCAGUUCUCGGAAUAGCUCUUGCUUGGACCUUCUGCACCGGGAAAAUAGCCCCUUGCCUCUGCCUUCAGCCACUGAGUAUAGAACAUCAAUGAACAUGCUUCUAGAACUUUCAUCUAUUAUGAAAAAAUAAUUCAUGCGUGGGCCCAGAAAAAUGGACUGAGGAGCAGCCGGCAUCUGUGGGAGAAAAGUUGCACUUUUGUUAGCUCAAACUGUGAGAAGAACUGUGGGAACCAUUCCCUCCACAGAGACACCCACUGGGCAGUGGAUGUGUACAGGGUGCCCCCAGCUGGGCCCACCUGCACAGGAGACCCUCCUCUGAUGGGCUGGAUGGA